UUUACCAAGAAAUUAUAUUUCACAAGGGUAACUAUUUGUAGUAACAUCAUUAACACACUUCAAAUGUCACAUUCAUGUUGAUUUGAUAGAAAUAUACAACACAACACAUGUCGCGGCUUUUGUGGAGUGUAAGUAAAUUAGUGAAUGACCCAUCCACAGCACUUUUUAAUGAAAUACGACAGCGCAUAUUUAGGAAAAAUGAGGAUGGCACUUCUAUCGAGGGAGAAAGCCCGGAUUUGGCGAUAGCAAAUAACGAUUUCAAUAUGCUUCAAUUGCUUGAUAGAACCUUGCCUUCGACGUCCCACAAAUUUCGAGAAGAGGAAAAUGAACCACGUAGCAGACACGUACAAGUUGGAAGCGGUACUCUGCACCAUCGGCAAGUGUCAAUCCAAUGCCGGAGAUCUGUACAUGGAAUGUUACAUAAGUCUACGAGCAUCCAACAGAUACGUCGGUCAGACCGUGGCACGGGUGGUUCGCGAACAGUCAUAAAAAUAGAUGCAUCUACUAUGCCUAAAAAACUAAAAGUGUGCAAGCAACAUCUCGAAGUAAUUUCUGCUCUUCAAAAUUGGCCAACCGAGGAAAAAAGCAAAUCGGAAAUUGAAAUAAAGGUUAGCAAAAUAGAACAAAUAAAAUCCGCGUUGUAUCGGUUCGUGCAUUCGCUGAAAAUAGAGAAAAUACAAUGCAUACCUCCAUACCGGUCCCCAGAAAAAGAAGAAAUAAAAUUAUACAGAUGUCCUAGCAUCAGUUUAGAGAGUCAAAAGAAGACACGUCGAAGAAGAAGUAGAACACGAAAAUUAGAUAAACCAACUACUUUGAAAGGUGUUGCGCAAACGUAACGCGAUAUAGUAUUAUACUAAGAAGCAACAAUAACGGGGGGUCGUAAUUAAAUUUCCCGAUGUCGCGUGACAAUUACGCCGCUCAGCGCAAGUGAACAUGUUACUUGAAGAAACAAGCGCCCAUUUAUUAAUUAAAAUGAUACUGUUAUCACAAUUGUUCCCACCACAGCAAAUGUAAUAAAACUAUUUUAAUUAAACAAGGUAAUAUUAACGUCUUGCCUAUCGUAUUUGCUUUUCGAGUCUCCGAAAUAUGUAAUCAGCUUGUUAUUAUAGGAUAAAGGGUUCUGCAAUAUCAAUGAUAAUAGGCCUUAAGUGAUGUAGGACGAGAUGAGGAUCGUUUAAUAGAUAUAAUCUCGAUAUUACACAUUUGAUUAAAUUAUACCCGGGAUAAUAAUUCUGUUUCAAUUUUUCUACAGUCGACUCAACAAUGCUAGAAUUGGUUAUCAACAAAUUUCCGAACGUUGGUAAACGGAACGGUAACAAUAUACUAGUAUGCAAAUAAAACAAAUACAUAUUAAUAUUCUAGACCCAAUAUCAUGCACC